UACCAUAAUAUAGUAUUUGUAAUUCUGUUAAAAAUAAUAAUAAUUAUGAGAUGAUUAUUUCUAGGUAAUCAACAAUUGUUUGAUGCAAGUUAUUUUCCUUACAGAAAUAACUUUGAGUAUGUAGCGCAACUGAACCAAUAUGGACCAGGAACAAAAUUUCCUGGGUAUUGGCCAGUUAUAGAAGUGAGGGAAAAUGGGCUGCCAGCAGAGUCGCCUGGAUAUGAUCCAAGAAUAAAUGUUACAGAAUAUGGGUCUCCUACACAGUGGUAUGGAUAUAGUCCAACAACGGAUGUAAUAGAAUAUGGACCAUCAGAGCAGCUUUAUGCAUAUGAUCCUCCAAGAAUGCAUGUAACAGAAUAUGGACCGCUAGCACAGUGGUAUAGACAUGGUCCAAGAAUAAAUGUCCCAGAAUAUGGGCCUUCGGGACAGUGGUAUGGAUAUGAUUCAGGAAUGGAUGUCUCAGAAUAUGAGCCUCCAGCACAGUUAUAUGAAUGUGGACCAGUUAUGGAAGUCCGUCAAAAUGAACUGUCCGUACAACCCCCUGGAUAUGAUUCAGCUCCAGAUAAUCUUGAAUAUGGACUACCGGUGGAGCUUCGUGGAUAUAGGCAAUUUCCAGAAGUGUCAGGCUAUGGACCAAUUCCACAAUUACAUACACAUGGGUCCGAAUUAGAAGUAGUUGGAUGUGGAGUGUUUACAGAAAUUCCCGGACAUGGGCCACACUCAAAUUUAAACGAACAUUGGCCUACCCCAAAAAUUAUUAAUUGUGGGCCUCAACCAGAUGUAACUGAAAAUUGGCUAAGUACGGAAAUAAGCGUGUAUGAACCGCUGGCAGAACUCCAGCAGCCCUCGCUCUCAACACAAAUGUUGGAACAUUGUCCGGAGCCAGAGUUACUUGAAGAUAAAAAGAUGCCAUCUGUACUUCCCGAAUACGAAGAACCAACAGAGUUUCCCAGAUAUGAGUCAGUAGCUCUUAAUUCUGUAAAUGCAGUAGAACAAAACCACUUUUCAUCAGAAAUGAUUCAUCAGCUACAAAAAGUUUGUGGGUUUGAAAUGCAAGACUCUAAUCAAAGUGAAAUGACUGAAACUUGUUUGGAUGAUAACAGUUCUUCGGAAUGUGUUAAUAAUUCGAAGAAAGACUUUACAAAAGACAAACAUAAUAAACUGUCUGAAAAUACAAUUACAAACAGCGAAAAUGAAGAUACGUUUAGUAAAUUCAACGCUACAGAAGAGUCUCCAAGUAAGAACGUGCCAAAAACUCCAUUGUCUCCAGCACAAAUCACAUCGAUUGUAAACGGCGGUUAUACACUACGACCGUUAUAUAGAGCGUUUCUGGAGCUGGAAGAAAAUUCGUUAGUAUGUGAAGUAAUAUACGAAGAGGACGANUUAUUCUAUUGUUAUUUAAUAUUGUGUAUAUAG